AUGGCUUCUUCUAAGGCAUCUUCUAUCUCGAGCCUGUACGAGUCUUACAAGGCCUCCACCAACUGCUUCCUUCGAUGGUUGUGGUGCCAGCAACGACUUCACUCACCCCGCGGCACCGCCGUAACCUUCAAGUCGACGAAAGACAUCCUCGAGUCCGCGAAAUUGUUGGAGAAGAAGAAGACCGCUGUGCCCUCCUCGGUCCUCGGGUUUCUCCGCGAUGCAAUCACGAAGCGCUUGAAGGUUUUCGAGAUCUAUAAGGAGCUUCACUUGGCCGACGCCGGUCAUCAAGUCUUCGUUCAGAGACUCGAGAAGACUCUCAACAUUCUCUUGCCACUGGCGGGAAAGUCGCGCACCUCUGUCUCCGACGAAGCUUCCAGUAUCCUUCUCAAUGCGCCGAACCAAUUUUCGUCUCUUGCCGUCACCGUGGAAACCAUCGAAGAUGAAGACAUCGGCACGAACGCUCACUCGGGUCACGCCCAUGGCGCUUCUUCCUCGUGUGUUUCUCCGUCCGAGGAUAGCGACCAUGUUGCCUCCGAAGCCCCGCGCGAUUUCGUUUUGGAAGACGAUCAAAUGCGCGAUCAUAUGGACGCGAUCUACUAUCUCAUCGAGCUGACCAACGUGCACGAUGUUCUGAAGGAGUCCUGGGCUGAGGCCGCCGAGGGCAAGAUUCCCCUCUCUCUCGCCGCAUGGCUCACGAACAUGGCCGCGUACACCAUCACCUCCAACAUGCCCACCGGCUUUUUCUCCCUAUGCAGCCAUUUGUUCACGAAGUGCGGAACCCCUAAUUGUGCAGGCAUCGGGGCCUUUGUUACAAAACUCGUGAAAGACGACGACGAUCCCGAGCUGCCUGCCAGACACGGUGAUAACCUCUACAAGCUCGCCAAAAGCAUCAACGAAUAUGGCACCAGCCUCGGCAGCUUCGUCGGACCUAAGGUCGAGGGUCGGAGUGAUAUUUGCAUUGGGACCGGAUGCAAAUGCAACUUCCGGACUGACCUCGUUCGUGACUUGAUACCCUGCAAGACAACAUCCAGUCUCCCGGAUGACGAGAACCAUAAGCUCGUACAGAUGUUGGACAGUGUGAGAGGCGCUUUGCUGGGCACACGCGCAAUCUCUCAGAUAGAGCCGCUCAAGCACAAUCCUGAGCUUGACUUUCCUAUCAUUUCCGAGGCUUUCGUCUUUUUUGCGCAGAUCUUCUUCCAACGAGAAAUCCGCAUUGCCCAUGCUGGUCUCGUCUUCUCCGCGAAUCUGCUGUUCAUGACGAAUGAGCAGGCCCUCAUCAACGAGAAAAGAUUGAGUGGCAGCAAAUGCCGGCUCCAGUGCCUCCGUCUGGCACAAGAGAUUCGCACCGAUGUUUUGCCAGUCAUUGGCCUUAUCAAUCAAGUUGAUCCCACGGAAUUGCGUUGGAAACAACGAGCUCCCGAGCUUCAGAACUUCGUCGACGGUCUCGACGAGUACCUCCGCGACAAGAGCUUCGACAUCUACCAUACAUCGCCAUGGACCACUGGGAAUCACAUGACUGAAUUGCUCACCGGAGCGGCUCUGACAGGUCGCAAUGCUUGCUGGGACUGGGCAAUUAUCACGUCGACUCUCCAUCUGUAUAACGCCCUGCGUCGCUCCAAACUAGAUGUGCAGGAGAUUCCGCUCUUGGAGCAACUUGCCCAAGUCCUGAUCCACGACACAUUUCGGGGCGUCAUCCCCGAGCGGAACUUUGUUUCGCUCUAUCGCCGAGUCGUGUACGACUGCAAGAUCGCCAGAGUGCGCGAUGGCAGCGUUUCUCGUCUCGAAGUGGGAUUUACCAAGUCUACGCCCGUACGCGGACAUAUAUUGACCUGGUUUGUGGAGCAGCACUGCAACAACCAUGACGCUGCCGCUGUCGACUGGCUGGAUGUGGUGCACGGGGUUGCCACUUACACCAGACGACCCUGCAUUUGCUGCAAAAGAGAUCACAAGAAGGACAUCAAGAUCAACGAGAUCCACAAGGAGGUUGCGCCGUCCGAAUAUCUCGAAAGGGCUAAGGCUACGGUCUUGCCCGAGCUCAUGGGCACCAAGUACCCCCUUGCGCGGCUCAACUUCUUUAAGCUCUUCAUGUUUUGUGGCAAGAUCAUGAAAGCUUUCGGAGUCGAUGCGCAGUCACGCCUGGCUAAGCUGGGCAAGAAGGCGAACAACUCUUUGGAAGGCGAUAUUCUCAGCCAUCCUCUAACGGUGGCGCGCUGUGUGACGGAAUUCGCGCUCGAGGAUCUCGACGAACACGCCGUCAGCAGCGGCAGUAGACAGAGAAGGCGCCUUUUACAGCGCUGUUCUACCGUCACGGCUGCCAUUAAGGUGUUCCAGGAGAAGGCGGAUCGGGAGGCGACCUUGGAUCAAUUCCUCUGGGAUAUUUGA